AUGGCACUCCGAAUGUUGUUCCGCCGUUUCUAUGCAGACGUCGUCAAAGCCAACGCUGAGGUCCUGCUCGAGAAGUCACUUGGUCCUGCUUUGCCUACCCUGGCCAAUGGACUCGGUCCCCAGUCAGCCUCUCCAAGAGACUCAGGUAGUCUCCUGGAACCACUUAUGCUUUAUUGCCGAAAGUCGAAGUCGUUGUCGGUGAGAAGAGUCUUUGACGUUUCUCUCAUACCCACUCCAGGAAAAUACAACAACCUUGCUUCGAUAUACUGCAAGACAACCACUACCAACAGCCGAUUCACAGAGCUCUUUCUGUCAAAUCCCAAGGAUGUUGGCCAUGUUAACAUGGCGUCACACGCAACACCUAUCCUGUUUGAGGAUACCUUCCCCGUUAUAGAUCAGUUUGUUGGUCAACUUCUUAAUCAUGACACAGCUACCAUAUCCCCAUGGAUCAAGGAAAAUGUCCCAGAUACUAUUGAACUCUUUCUAUCUCGUGCAGUCCCCGUUGCAGUACGCCGUGCCCCUCGCCCUCACCGGAAGUACGAGGACUUGACGCAGGAGGAAAAGCAAAAACGCAUCCGUGAAACAACAGAAUGCCUCAAGAGGCAUAUUGAAGCAAUGGAAGACGACGAGAGAGCGGCCUACGAAAAGAAACAGAAAUUAAACCGAAAGAGAGACCAUGCCAAAUAUGCGCCGAGGCGGCAACUACAGAUGCGAGAGAAGAGAGAAGAAGCCCGCAAUGAGCAUACCGAAGCAAUGAAAGUGGACAAGAGACGACAACAGCAACAUGAAAACCACCAAAAGCGUAUGGCAGCAAUGGCAGAGGACGAGAAAAAAGCCUACGCAAAUCAAAAGAAAGAAUCCCGAAAGAGAUGGAUCGCCAAGGUUUCAGAGGAGCAGAAAGAGGCCAGAAAGGAGGCAUCACGCAUAACGAGCAAGGCAUGA